AUGGAAACACAGUCAGGUAGCCCACAGCCCAAGACAGACAGGGCCAAGAAGGCGUGUAUCCGGUGUCGCCGGCGCAAGAUCCGGUGCACGGGCGAGACCCCGUGCCGCCAUUGCAAGCAGCUGGACGUGGCGUGCGAGUACAAGCGAAAGGCCAAGCGAGUGUCGAUUUUGGACACCGAGAUCGAGGAGUAUUUGGCCCGGAUUGAGCAGUUGGAGGGCCAGGUCCGGCUGAUGCGGGCCAUGCCCAAGGCCCAUUUGCGUGGCCGGUACCAGGAUAAUGGGAACGAGGUGGUGGUGGCAGCAGCAGGAGGAGCAGGUUCCGCCCCGCCAAGUUCUCGGCCAGGGACCGCGGAACCCCGAUCCAAUGAAUCUGGAGAAAUUGGGGUUGGUACAUCAAUUGGUAAUGUUGGAAGUGGUGAUGGGUCGUCAGUUGAAGGAGGGAGUGCUGUUGGAAGUGCUGGGAGUGCUGCUGGGAGUGCUGGAAGUGCUGUUGGCGGCGGAACUGGUGGCGGAAGUGCUGGUGGCAACUCUUCCAACAAUUGUCCCAAUUCCGUCAACCUCUCGCUCUAUUUGGGCUCAGCUUCACCUGAGCUUGUCUGUUGGAACCUCAAACGGUUCCUCUUGGCACCCUCAACUGAAUUCUUUGUCUCGCCAGACUUCAAUUCGUUCAUUGAGGAGGACGUGUAUGACUACAUCCUCACGGAAAAGCCACUGCCCACAGACUUCCACAGUCUUUUCCUGUUGACCUUGGGAGAGGCUCAUUCCCUUCUCGACAACGUCGUGCUUUUUAUCAACUCAGGGUACCUCACCAUUGACCCAGAGACCUACAGACGGCGGCUCCAUGCGCACUUUGACCCAUCCACGGGCCAUUUCCUUGCCCAUGAACUUGUAGAAACCCCGACCCAUAGCCCAAACCAUUUCUUCUUGCUCAAGGUGUUGAUGACAUGUGCCUUGGGUGAGGUCUAUAGUCCACUGCAUUCUUUAGGAGUCGACCAGCCGCGUCCUCGACCUCUGGCCCAUGCACUGGCCCAUGCUCUGGCCCAUGCUCUGGCACUGGAUCAUCUGGCCCAUUCUCCAUCUUCAGACUCCAACCCUAGAACACCAGGACUUCGGUACUUCCGCCAAGUGAUCAACCACUUACCCUCCAUCUUCUGUACUUUCAACCUUUCCAAAACCAACCUUACGCUGAACCUUGACGUGAUCGAACUCUUUGGCAUGGCAGCCGUCUACUUGAGAAUCCUUGACAAGAAGAACCUUGCCGUGAUGUUCACUCUCAAUGCGCUCCAGAUGUGUAUCUCGCUCAAUCUCCAUAAACGGUCGGGCCAGACAGAACAAGAGAAUCGAAUCUUUUGGUCGAUUUUCUGUCUCAAUCGCUUUGUGUGUGUCCGGAUCGGGAAGUCACUCUUGUUGAAUGAACAUGAGAUCACCGCUGAAUUGCCACGAGAUUAUACCGGUGGGAACUCCCUGGUGGCCAAGGAUGAGUUCUCCAAGGCAGCCUUGAUGGUGCCAUACAUCCAACUCGCAAGAAUCGCCGAACUGAUCACAAACAAUAUCUAUUGUUUGAAGCCUCCGAUCGAUAACAAGGAGUAUCUCAAUCUGAUCUUGGCCACCUUGUACAGUUUGGUUGAAUGGUCAAAUGGUCUCCCACAACAUUUGACGUUACGGUUGCCGUUGGAGGCCGGGAACGUCAACAAUCGGUUGAUCUAUACCCUUCAUUUGAAUUAUGUUCAUCAUAUAUAUUUGACUUGUAUCCCGAUCUUGUUGAAUUUGGUGAAGACUAGGUUGGCGGGGGAAUUACAGAGAGAGCAGACUGAUCUGCUGCCGGGCCAGUAUGGACAGACUGGACAGACUGGACAGACUGGACAGACUGGACAGACUGGACAUCCUACUCAAGGUCGUGGCUCUAACUCAAGUACAAGCUCGAAUGAAGGAAUAAACUCAUUUUCUAGCCUCCCGCCCAACAUCCGUAACAUCAUCACCAUUUGUAUUAACUCCUCCCAACUCACAGUCAAUCUCUUUGUUGCCCUUUACAAGGAAAACCUUAUCCGGACCUUUGGAUUUGUGGACUUGGACAAUCUCACAUCACUGAUCCUUGUCUUUGUCAUUUGCAUCCUUCUCAAGGUCCCCAACAACCCCAACAACUACUCCUUCGAACAAUACCUCCGUGUGCUGCUCAAGCUCAUGGGAGAGAUGAAGAAACGAGGAAAUUUGGUCUCUCGAGGCAAACUCAAACAACUCGAAGAGCUUUGGGAGGCUGGGAAGGUUGUACUCAAAAGUGAGAUCCAUCGCAAGGUAUUCGAUCAUGUGGGGGGGUUUGGUAUCUUUGGACGUUAUGACCUUGCCCCACCACUUGGAUUCCCCAAGACUCCUCCAUCCAUUCUGAACUUACUCAAUGAUGAUGAUGAGAGUUAUGGCCGUCCUAUGACUCCUGGUACUGCCUCCGUCCCCAGUCCAUCCCACGCCACAAUCCCCAUGCUGUUCCAGAGCGCCAUGGACCCGAGGUACCUGCCGAUCGCGGACCAGCUUCUCGUGGACUUCCAGCUUGGGAAGGACUUCAGCGACGUGACCAACGUGACCUCGAACUUUGCACAGGCCGACACCCAGACGGUGCCACUUGUGACGAGCGAAGACUUGAUGUUCAUGGACCAAAUGAUUCAAGAAUUCCAAGACAUUGACGAUGCGUCUUCCCAUACCAGGAUGUACGGAUAG